UUGCAGCAAACAAAGAAGAAAUUGCAGUGACCGUCUACGUUUUAUAUUAUUACUAGGUAUAAGAUUAGGUAGUUUAUGUAAGGAAUUUCUUUAAAUAAAAUAACUAUUUUGGAAGCUAAUUGGUAACACAAUACGUGCAGUAUGCAGUACUAUUCAGUGCACUGCCUAACAGUGUCUUUUAAUUAAAGAUAGGACCCCACAUAGUUUCCUAUGAGCACCAGCAGGUGUCCUACAACCUGAUACACAGGAAGUGAAGUUAUUUUUUAGAGGAGACAGUAACACUCCUCAACCAGCACCAGGUCUCCUGAACAGCGUGACCAACUGAAGACCAGCAAACCAAGUUUAUGAACAGGUCGCAGCAUUUUUCACAUCAGCCACUAGGGGGAGUUAAUACAUGUGCAAGGGUUUGUUUUAAAAAGCAAACCUGUUUGUGUCUCUUGGAAUCUACCUAUUUCACUAGUUAAUCACUUCUUGCUGACUUGCUGAUGUCAUCAGACGACAGAGAGAGCUGUGCUGGGAGACUGAAGCACUCAGCAGUUGGGCACUGCACAGAGAGGAGCACGCAGAAUACACAGCUCCGGAUUACUGCAGGACUGUCCAAUGGAAUCCAGUACUGGGGACACUGUCUAAUUUGUGGAAAUAAACUGUCUGCCUGUCUCUGCUGACCAGUAUACUAUAGUUUUCACAGACCUGGGAGUCACUGCCUGCGUUUACAGGGCUGAAUUCAGACAGAGGUGGUGGGGGGUUCAGGAGAAAAGAAGCAAUAACUCCUCAAGACGUCUGGUUUUAAGAUCAUGCCCCCUAGAUAGCAGGUGCUGCAGUGAGGAUGCCCCCCCGGAAGCGGACACGCCCCGCUCUGGGGUUCCUGUGCUGCUUCGGCAGCAGCGAGCUCCCUGAGAUCAAUCUGAAGGACACUGUGCCCCUGCAGUUCCUGGAGUUCAGCGUGCCCAUGCCGCCUGCCGAGGAGCUGCACGCCCGCUUUUCAGAGCUUGUGGAUGAGUUGGAUCUCACUGAUAAGAACCGAGAGGCGAUGUUCGCCCUGCCGGCUGAGAAGAAAUGGCAGAUCUACUGCAGCAAGAAGAAGGAGCAGGAGGACCCCAAUAAACUGGCUACCAGCUGGCCAGACUAUUACAUAGACCGCAUCAACUCCAUGGCUGCUAUGCAGACUCUUUUUGCCUUUGAUGAAGAGGAGAUUGAGAUGCGGAGCAAAGUGGUGGAGGAUCUGAAAACAGCCCUGCGGACCCAACCAAUGAGGUUUGUGACGCGCUUCAUCGAGCUGGACGGGCUCACCUGCCUGCUCAACUUCCUGAAGAGCAUGGACUACGAGACGUCCGAGAGCCGCAUUCACACCUCGCUCAUCGGCUGCAUCAAGGCUCUGAUGAACAACUCGCAGGGGCGCUCCCACGUCCUGGCGCAUCCUGAGAGCAUCAACAUCAUCUCCCAAAGCUUGCGGCAGGACAACAUCAAGACCAAGGUGGCCGUGUUGGAGAUCCUGGGUGCUGUCUGCCUGGUACCGGGCGGGCACAAGAAGGUCCUGCUGGCCAUGUGCCACUACCAGAAGUACAGUGCUGAGAGGACGCGCUUCCAGACACUAUUGAAUGAACUGGACAGAAGCACAGGGCGCUACAGGGAUGAGGUGAACCUAAAAACAGCCAUCAUGUCCUUCAUCAACGCAGUCUUGAACGCGGGUGCAGGGGAGGACAACUUGGAGUUCCGCCUGCACUUAAGAUACGAGUUCCUGAUUUUAGGAAUCCAGCCGGUAAUUGACAAGUUGAGAGGGCACGAGAAUGCAACCCUCGACAGGCACCUAAACUUCUUUGAAAUGGUUCGAAAUGAGGAUGACUUGGAGCUUGCUAAGCGCUUUGAUAUGGUGCACAUUGACACCAAGAGUGCCACACAGAUGUUUGAGGUGAUCAAGAAGAAGCUGACCCACUCAGAAGCCUACCCCUACCUGCUCUCGAUCCUUCAGCACUGUCUUCAGAUGCCAUAUAAGCGCAGCGCAGGGAACCUGCAGCAGUGGCAGCUCCUCGACCGCAUCCUGCAGCAGAUCGUCCUGCAGGACGACAGGGGCGAGGACCCAGAUGUGACGCCCCUCGACAACUUCAACGUGAAGAACAUCAUCCACAUGUUAGUUAAUGAAAACGAAGUGAAGCAAUGGAGAGACCAAGCAGAAAAAUUCAGAAAAGAACACGCGGAGCUGCUGGCCCGUCUGGAGAAGAAGGAGCGGGAGUGCGAGACCAAAACGCAGGAGAAGGACGACAUGAUGAAAACCCUCAACAAGAUGAAGGACAAGCUGCAGAAGGAGUCUGUGGAGCUGAAGCACGCCCGAGAGCAGGUGGUGGACCUGGCAUCCAGAAUCAACGAGCUAGCGGGCGGCACCAUCCUCUUCCCUCCUCCCCCUCCUCCCCCUGGUGACCCCUUAGCCCUGCCUCCCCCUCCCAUGAUGGGAGGAUUCCCACCUCCCCCGCCCCCCAUGCCUUUCUCCAGUCCACCCCCUCCCCCUCCUCCCCCACCCCUUCCCGGGGGACCACCCCCUCCCCCUGGGGCUCCUCCCUUCUUCUGCACUGGGGUCCCGCCAUCCCCCGGACCCCCUGCCUUCAACAACACCACCAGCCUGAGGAAGAAGUGCAUCCCCCAGCCAUCACACCCCCUCAAGUCCUUCAACUGGUCCAAGCUAGGAGAGAACAAGAUCAACGGAACCAUCUGGCACGAGAUUGAUGACAUGCAGGCCUUCAAGGUUCUAGAUCUUGAGGACUUUGAGAAGAUGUUCUCAGCGUAUCAGAGACAACAGGACCUGCUCACUAACUCCUCCUUCAGACAGCAAAAGGAGACGGGCUCCAUGGAUGACCUCUACCUGACCACCCGGAAGGUCAAGGAGCUGUCCGUCAUUGACGGGCGGCGAGCCCAGAACUGCAUCAUCCUGCUGUCCAAGCUGAAGCUCUCCAACGAGGAGAUCAGAAGAGCCAUCUUAGAAAUGGAUGAGCAGGAGGACCUUGCCAAAGACAUGCUGGAACAGCUGCUGAAGUUUGUUCCUGAGAAGAGCGAUAUCGACCUCCUGGAAGAGCACAGGCACGAAAUUGAGCGCAUGGCCAGAGCUGACCGCUUCCUCUUCGAGAUGAGCAGGAUUGACCACUACCAGCAGAGGCUACAGGCCCUGUUCUUCAAGAAGAAGUUUGCUGAGCGUCUCGCUGAAGCUAAGCCCAAGGUGGAAGCGAUCUUGACUGCCUCACGGGAGGUCAUUCGCAGUAAGAGGCUGAAGCAGGUGCUGGAGGUGGUGCUGGCGUUUGGAAACUUCAUGAACAAGGGCCAAAGAGGCAACGCCUAUGGCUUCAAGAUGUCCAGCCUCAACAAAAUCGCUGACACCAAGUCCAGUAUAGACAGGAAUAUCACCAUGUUGCACUAUUUGAUAAUGAUCUUUGAAAAGAGUUACCCUGAUAUCCUCAAUAUACAGCAAGACCUGCAGAGACUACCAGAAGCUGCCAAAGUCAACCUGGCUGAACUGGAGAAGGAGGUUUACCACAUCAAGAGCGGCCUGAAGGCUCUUGAAGCGGAGCUGGAGUACCAGAAGAGCAGCGUUCCGGAGCGAGGCGACAAGUUUGUGCCGGUGGUGAGCAACUUCAUCACGGUGGCCAGUUUCCGGUUCUCUGAGCUGGAGGAUCAGCUGGGCGAGGCCAAGGACAAGUUCUACAAGGCCCUGCAACACUUUGGGGAGGAUGAGGGCCGCAUGCAGCCGGACGAGUUCUUUGGGAUCUUCGAUACGUUCCUGCAGUCAUUCAGCGACGCUCAGCAAGACCUGGAGAACAUGAGGCGCAAGAAAGAGGAGGAGGAGAGGCGUGCACGCAUGGAGGCCAUGCUGAAGGAGCAGCGUGAGAAGGAGCGGAGGCUGAAGAAGACAAAGGCAGGCAGCAUCUCGGAGGAGAGUGGCGAGUUUGAUGACUUGGUGUCAGCCCUGCGCUCAGGGGAGGUUUUCGACAAGGACCUGUCCAAACUGAAACGCAACCGCAAGAGAUCGGGGAGCCAGCUGGUGGAGGGCAGUAGCCGGGAGCGCGCCAUCACCAAGGUCAAUUAUUGACCAGUGAGUGCUGAGCUCCUACUCUCAAUUAAUAUACACAGAUAUAUUCAUUGCAGAAGUAAACACAGGGCCACUUAAGGUAGAUUUUAAUGUGCUUUCCCAAUGACUGCGGCCAGCCAAGCUGUCUUUUCACAGCCAGCCUGGAAUGUAAGAGAGAUUGGGAUCAGUUUUCCAAGUGCCUCUGCUCCACAGACUGCCAAGUGGAUGGACUUUCGGGGGGGGUGGGGGGGGGGUUUCAAGACUGGUCCUUUAAAAAAAAAAAAGGAAGAAAAAGUGAUGACCUGAUACUGGCUCACACCCAGUGCCAAAGCAAAAAAAAAAAAAAAAAAACAUCAUUUAUAUAUUUAUACAGAGAGUUGUGAAGAUUCCACAGUCCUGUUUCUUUUUUUUUCAUCACUACCCAAUUCUGUGUUUUUAGAGGCUUGUGACUCACUUCUGCUGAAAGACACAGUAUUUUCCUCUUUCAAGGCAACUUCCUGGAAAGUUAUCAUUUGUUUGGUGCUGGGGAAUCAGCCAAAUACAGAAUUGAAAAUCACUCAAUGCAGUCUCCCGUUCACCACACCGCUAAGAAAAAAAAAAGAAAUAUGACUGCAAGUUGUGUGUGUGUGUGAACUUUGUGGAGGCUGGAGAAGAAUGUAAACUUCCAUUAACAGUACCAUAUUGAUGCAGCACUUCAUUGCAUUGCUAGUUUUACAAGCUUGCCUAGCAGUGUUUCUCUGGUACUAUACUGUUGGUUGUCCCAGCUGAUUAAAGGUAACCUAGUGGAAAUACUUUACACUACCUGUAUUUGGUAUAUUACAUAUGUUGACAGACUCGCUGUACUAUUUCCCAUUGUCUUCUAUAUAGCACUACCAUCAACAAUGACUUUACACCACUGAAGAACCGCUCUGCAAGAACUUCUUCAGAAGUGCUUAAUAAACCUGCUUUUAGUCAGCUGUUAAUGAUUAUCAAUAAGGUAGUGGUGGGGUUGGGGUUGGGGUAUACUAGUACUGGUUGAAUCCAGUACAGGCAGACACCAUAUUGUUGUUACAAAUGUAAUGCAGUCUUGCACAAAGGAGGUAAACGCAUUUUAGUUAUUAUUUUUGUUGUUGUUUGUUACUUAUUUUAAGCACAUAACCAAAAUGACUAAUUGUGAUACUUCUAAGCACCUUUCAUAACUGAAUCCUCCAGCAGACCAUUUGCAAGUCUCUUGUUUGCUCGGCCUGCCUUUCUGUAGCAGAGGACUCUCCUUUUGUGGAGAAUAGGUCACAAGUGAACUCCAAAGUAAUUUGCAACAAGGACUAGAUACAGCAGACACCUAAGUUCCUUUACUGAAACUGAGACAAAGGAUUGCAAGCUGUGUAAAUGUGGACGCAAAUUGUUGAGGAGAGAAGAGAAUAUGGCAGCCAACGGUUUACUAUUAGGAGAUCAGGCCUGCUUGUCCUGGAAAGGAAAGAGGGGAGCGAGACAGAUCACAAAUUUUGGAAGAUACCAUCAUCUCUUAUUCUAUUGCUGUGUCGCAAUACAACGUUAAGAAAAUCACGGUUCAGAGUUUGUGCAGGGUCGUUAUGGGUCUGAUUUGUCAUCACAUAGAAGGAAGGCCCUCCGUCAUCCACUAAAUGCAAUGAAAUGGUCCCAGUAAGAUGCAUUUCCUUUCAGAUGCUGUAAAUAUUCAGUCAUUUGGUGCUGCGUUGAAUUUAAGAGAAUGUAAGCCAUUUUGAAAGCUUUCCUGAGUUUCGUUUGGAGUUUGUCUGUAUAAAAGGGUAGGUCACUACUUUUUAGGCUCCUCUCAGGUUGUUUUUGAGACCCUUAUAGUUUCUGAAGUGUUAAGCACCCUGGCAAAUGAAUAUACAAGCAUUAUAGCAAUAGCUAAUGGGCUAGCUUGUAAUCAUCAUGGAUUACUGUAGAAAAGGUAGUGGGCCUAGGUUUGCUAAAGGGUUAGGGUAAGAAAGCAAAUGCCAUAUCAAAAGCAGAAAUGCAAGUGCAAUGUUUAUCAGUUAUUAGAAUCAGUGAACGGAGAGGGGACUCUUUCUUUUUGAAACAAUUUCAGGAGAAAUUCAGUCAGUUUGGGAUUUGUUUGAAUGUUUGCUUUUAAGCCAAAGGCAGCACUGCGAAGAAACUGCUUGCCCAAAAAAGAGUCUCCCUUCUAGCAAAUUACUGCAGAACACAACUGCCCUUUAGAACAUGGAAAAGGUAUAAUCGCUGGCUGAUACUGCCCCUCUUACAUAUAGAAAGACAGAAUGUGUUUUUCCUACAUUCAAGUUCAUCAGGUGGCAUUACCUGCUGGGAAACCUUUCUUACUUUAUUAAAACUUAGAACACAUAGGCUUCUUAAAGUUUUGCAGCAGAUAUUAAAAAAUACAAACUGUACAAAAUAUUUCAACAUUGUCUCUCUUCCCCUACCUCAGCAUCCCCCAAGUCAAUCAUAUCAGUGAGAAUAGGCUAACUCCUGAUGAGUGAGCCAGUAUAACCAUCGUGCUUAUGAAAUCACUUUGGAAUCAUACCUCACAUUCUAACAAAAACAUUAUUAAACAUCUUUUUACUGAAGCACUAUAUUGUUUUCAUAAGAGUAAUGAAAGUUUGAAGGUUUACAUGACAAAUUAUUUUGGAACAGUCCAGCAGGUAUAUCCUAUCCUAGGAUCCAGUGAGAAUAUAUCCUACAAUAACCCUACAGCCUACAUGUUUUCAGUGGUUUCUACACAGUAAUUAUUAGGGGUCUUCCAAGAUUAAAUGUACCGGUUCCUUCCACAGAAACUGUUCAUGUCAAUGAAGAGAAGAAGGUUGUAAUCCUAAUCCAUGUGCUUCUUACUGCAUGUGCCCAAAUUGAUUUCACUUGAGUUUUGCAAUAAGAUCUGUUGCACUGAAGCAAAUGUGUCCCAUGGGCUCCUGGUGAAGUAGACCAUCUGUAACGGUUCACACAAGGAGAUGCUACCUGUUUGCUUCAGUCUGGCAUGACACUAGAAGUACUGGCUCUUAUCCAUGCUCUCCCUGUAAUAAGCUAGUUGUGUUGCUGCACACAGCGGAUGGUUAAACGAUGUUCUCAGGAUAGUUGUGAUUUGCGGAAGGUGAAGGGCUCAGGUGUUUCAGAUUUGUUUUUUUUUUGGGGGGGGGGGGGGGACAGAACACAUCUUUGAUAUAUUAUUUAUAAUAACAUGUUUUCUGGAUCUUACUAUCAAUACAAAUAAGUGCUCAGUUGACAACCAUAAUCCAAGAUGAUUGGGGAGCCAGAUCCUGAUUUAAUGCCUGUAGCAUCAAUAUUGAUGCCUUCACCCCAACCCCAGCAAUGAAUGACCUUGCCCAACCUUUGAUCCCUCGCUUGCACAUUGAAGAUUUCUGCUCUUCAUUUCUAAAGCUCACCCUCCAGAAAUCAUUGUCUCCUAAUUCAUCCCAGGGUCUACAAUCCCCCAAACUGUACCUUUAGCUUUCAUGAUAGCCUAUGCUUUGAGAUCAGGUCUACAGGGCCCCCUGUAUCCUCCUUCCAUGUUCACAGUUUUGACUUGAAGUGGCUGGUCUUGCUGAAGAAACCCUAACAUGCCCUUGGAUUGUUCUCUGUCAGCUGUGCACAUCUGGCUUUAAGCUUCACCCAUCCAGGCACCAGUCCAGGUGUUUCAGGAAAUACUUCUGUUACUCCAAUAUUAUGAUUAUUAAUAUGCUUAUUAUUACUAUUAUGUAUUUUUAACCUUCAAGUGCCUAUUUCCUUUAAUAUCAAUACCUUACUGUUCUUUUGUUUGUUUUUUUGUGAACCUUUUUAAACAGGGGCAGUUUUAAAGGGGUGCAGAUGUUUUAUAAAGCAGGUACCUUGUCAUAUUUAUUCCAUAAUUAGGAAGCCAUUUUAUGUACUCCCCUGCCAAACAGACCAAUGCCCACACCUGUAUACACAGGCUCGUGGUACAGUAUUAAAAGAACAAUGGUAUUGAGGUCAGUCACUGUUCAUUAAAAUAGACCAACAUAUCCUUGCACUGAGGCUUCAUAGAUUUAACUCUAUAUUAAUCCAGCUGUGGUAUACCCUCUAGGGUUAGUCAUAGAACCACUUAUUAGUAUUACUACACACAAUAAAAAAUACAGUAAAAUAAAGUUCAGGGUUAUAAAUUGUAGGGCGGCAGUAUUUAGAUGCGCAACUGAUCAUAAGAAGCAAUGAUGUGAAGUUUCACUUGUCAAAGUAUCAAAAGCACUCUCACAAUCGCUACAACUAAUGUAAUCAUUACUCGCCCCCUAAGCAUAGCGUAUUAAAAAAAAAAAAAAUUGUUAUAAAAAAGGGAGUAAAAAACUAAAACAGCAAUAAUAACAACACUAACAAUAACACAACUUGGAAAUUCUGUGUUAAUGAUUAAUGAAUGAAUUUUAAUAUUUAAAUACAAGUUAAACUUUAAAUGUGCACUUGCCGUGCUCAAUCCUGGAAGAGCAGCAGAAUUCAGCUAAUGCAGUACUAACAUUCAAUGCUGCCAACGUAUUUCUGGUGCUUAAAACUCCACUGCCAUUACAUUAGUGCCAUUAACACGGUUCGGUGCUUUUACUGUUUUUUUCCCCGCUGACAUUCUUUCUGGGUCAUCGGAAGACAGAUUUUUGCUCUUUUUGAAGCUUCAACCAAACGUAUCUGCUUCCGUUUGCUCAUUACUACCAUUAAAUAAACAGUAUGAUUCUGUAAGCUUAAAAUGUCUGUUUCGUGUCAACCGAUCGCACAAGAUUACUUGCGAGUCCACAUUAUGAAGCCGACGUUUUGCAAACCAGUGUGUAAAGUGCAUACAGCUGCGGGCGCCAAUGGUCAUGUGAGCAGUCCAGACCCAAUGAAAAACUAUCAGCAUCUAUGAUUGCUGAGAAAAAAAAAAUGUAAACAUGUCUACUGGCAACAGAAUUUAACGUUGUUGCAGUUAUAUGAGGUACCCUGCCAUAGCACCAAAUUUACAUCCCCUGAUUAUACUAUCUAAUCAGAGUAUGAACCAGCUCCAAUAACUAUAAGAGAAUGAAGGGUUAUCAAUUGCGUUUAUCACUGACCAAUGCAGAUGGCAGCAUCCUGGGUCAGUCGGGAGAAAAACAAUGGGUCUAUAAGACAGGUGUGGGAGUAAAGCAUUGAAGCAGGAAACAAAAUGCAGGCUAACAGGAUUGUUAAUCAUUCAUGAGUUGCUGAUCUUAGCUAGACAGGGAGAUUCUGUUUGUUUUCGACAAUCUCUCAUACGGUUAGGAUGCGCAGUGAUCUUUCCAGGUGCAUGUGUGUUUGUGUGGGAUCGUUUUUUUUCUAAAUCGGUGCCAUCGCGAUGGUUUUUAUUGAGUGUUGUGUACGCCUUAAAAAGGCGGUAUUAUAGAAAUGAAAAUUUAUAUACCAAUGUAAUAUGAUUUUUGAAGUACAAAACUAAAUAAAAAGCACACUUGCAAGGGCUACUGCAGACAGGAAAUGGGUGACUGUGUAACAGACUUUACAAAAAAUAUAUAAUUAUCCCAUUUACUGAAUGUCAGCACUGAGGUGAUUAUUAAUAUAUGUUUACAUUAAAGCUGGUCCCUGCACAUUAGGGUUCUAUUUGACUGUCUAUACAAGAGCAUGUUCCCACUUUGACUUUAAUCGUGUGCCAGUCUAGGCUCUUGCAUGCGCUUCGAAAUUUGCAUGUGGAUUAGUUCUGAUGCUCGUUACUUUCAUAUAAGUCUUCUGGCCCCACGAUGCUUCUAUUCUAAACUAUAGAACAGAUGCGGACAAUAUUUAAAAGAUAUGUACUCUUUGAUGACGUGAAAUAACACUUUUUAACCUUGUGCAUAUACCCCUGCAUACAGCACCAUUAUUCAGCAAUAGCUGAGAUGCGAGCUUUAAAUAGCUCAUACAAUAUCUGGCACAAUUCAGUUAUAAUGAACUAAAUAUCUAGAUAUCAUAAUAAUUACCAUCAGAUUUUAUAUUUCUGUCUUUUCUCUUCGGCUGGUUGCACCCCUCUACAGCUCCCCCCUAAUUUGAUGAAGUUGAUAUUGUUAAGGGUUAAUAUAUUUUUUAAGCCAACUCUUAUGAAAGUUGUACAGUUGUGUACGUUUUGUACACAGUUUUAAUUGUUAAAAAAAUAAAAGUUAAGGAAUGUCUAAGUAACCUGUAAAUCGUACCUCCUAUUUAUUUGCUUUAUUUAGUUUGCUGUAUUUUUUAUGUAUACACGGCAUUAUGCUAAGAAUCUUAAAUGUGUGUGUUAUAUAUAUAUAUAUAUAUAUAUAUAUAUAUAUAUAUAUAUAUAUAUAUAUAUAUAUAUAUAUAUAUAAACUGUUUGUAUUUUUUUUAAAUGUCCAGAACCCUUAUCCUUUGCUCAUCUUUUUUCUCUUUUCUUUUUUGUUUUGUAGGAUUACAAUAAAAUAAAACUUUGCCCCUAACAUUCCGGUCACAAAUUGAUUGUGUGUGUGUCGGUUCAUCUUUGUACUUCAAUAAAAUUCCACAUUUGGAGCUGCUGCUGUA